UGUUAAUAACCAGUUUUAGUGAACUCGAGAAACAUCGGUUAGCGUCGGAGCACAUAAUAACUAUACCUGUUAUAAAAGAGAGUGGGUAAUAUAUUGUUUAUAAGAAAACUGAUGCGCCAGUUGCGAAAAGAUGUUUCCUAUAUUCGUUCUGUUCGCUGUUGCGUCCUCCGCAUUCGCCGGAUACUCAGGUACCGAUAAUACUAAUGAUAACAAAGUCACAGGCGGUUAUGGAUAUGGUUACUCUGGAUCAUUUUCCGGGGAUGGUGCACCUCCGAAUUUCCCGCAAUUCCCACAGUUUGAUUUCCAAAACUUUCUACAGCAAUACGUUGGCUCCCUAAGAAAAUAUCACGAGCAACUCAUCGGGAACGACUUUUCUUACGCUUUCUCCACAGCUCAUAAUGGUAAAUCACAAGCAAAAUCUUCAAUCUCAUCGAAAAGUGCUGGACAAUUUCCUGGUGGUUACGCCGGUUAUGGAUUUCCAGGAGGAGUACCUGCAUAUGCAGGUUUUCAGGGGCAACAACAUUACUCUGGAAAUGGGGGUGAAGGAGCCGCUGCAUCAGCAGCAUUUGGACCUGGUGGUAUACAUCAAACAGCCGGUGUCUUUCCUGAAAAUCCGAACUCUCCCAAUAUAAACACCAGAUUCGCUGCAAGUCCCGAUGGAGCACCUGGAGGUUUCCACAGCGUUUCUACAAGCAGUUUCUCUAGUUCGUCUGAUGUAAAUGGAAAGCCAAGUAGUUUCCAUCAAGCGAGCACAACGGUUAAUGAUAACGGAAAAGUGACUACUUAUACAGUCAGAAAACCGUAAACGAAAUAUCACUUAAUUUAUCCCCAAUUAGAUUUAUUUUUUUAGAGUUAUGAUUAGAAUAAAAAGAAUAUUGUAGCUUUUUAGAUUGUUUCUGUAAUCAUCAGUAGUAAAAUUAGAAUAUUUUAAUUUUAAGUGGGAAAUUUGUUUAAGAAGUGAUUCGUUUUUGUAAGUUCCUGAGUGACUAGGCAUUUUUAAUAAAAAUUUUAUUACUCUA